AUGUACACACCCGUCGUAUUCGUCAGUGGAGCUACAGGUUGCCAGGGAGGUGCAGUCGCCCGCUACCUUCGAUCAAAGGGCGUCCCCGUCCACGCUCUCGCUCGUGACCCAACCUCAGCGAAGGCAAAAGAGCUCGAAUCUAUCGGGGUCGAACUUACACCGGGCGAUUAUGAUAGCAAAGUCGCACUAGAGGAGGCCAUGAGAGGCUGUACCUCUUUCUUCCUGGUUCUAAUGCCGGAUUUCACAGAUCUCACUGCAGAAAGGCGAUGGGCUACCAGCAUUUUCCUCGCUGCCAGAGCAGCUGGUGUCAAGCAUGCCAUUUACUCAAGUGGAUUCAGUGCCGAUAAUCCAGAUAGCUUGAAGUUUCUGGAAAAGGGAGGCUUUGUGGACACAGUCAUGCGCAACAAGAACGCCAUCGAGGCGCAAACUCGCAACGCAGGCUUCGAUUACUGGACCAUCCUGCGCCCUGGGUUCUUUAUGGCCAACUUUGUUGAACCAUUUGUCAGGAUGUAUCCUGAACUGGUCGAAAAGGGGGUUUGGACAACUGCUCUCACUCCUGCGACUAUAAUACCCCUGACUGAUACUGUAACCAUCGGGAGAUUCGGCGGCGAAGCGUUCCUAGACCCAAAGCGGUUCGACAAAAAGGAGAUCACAUAUGCUGAUGACUGGCUUGACGCAGAGACCAUCUUGCAAAAGCUCUCUGUAGCAGUAGCCAAGGAACUCAGAGCCGAAUACCUGUCGGAAGAGGAAAUUGAGGAACAGAAACCUGCCAAUCCGUUCAUAUCUGGCCAACUUUGCAUCCGGGACAUGGCCAAACUGGCGACAAAAGAAGGCACUAAAGAAUGGGAUAUCCCGUUGAGCACAUUUGAUGAGUUCUUGCAAAGAGAGAAAAUGGCCGUCCAAGAGACUUACCACAAAUCUGGUUAG